UAAUGAAAUGAAACAACGACCUGUCAGGAGGAAAUGACGUGUUGGUAACGUGCACAGAUAACCGGACUGAUAAAUGUCAGAUUACGCAUAGCCCUGCUGUUAUGGUUAUAAAAUGUAAUUCGUCGUUGUCUUCAGUGUUACAGUGUUUUCCUUCGCAGCUUCCCAAGUUUUUGACAACAUCAACAUUAUGCGUUUCGACUCGAUUCUAGCCACGACGUUAUGCGUUGCUGUCGUGUUCGGCAGUGCGGGCGCGGUCAAUCAACAUUGGUCCACUCGGAGUGUGCGAACGGCCAUCCAGGUUGGCAUUCAUCGGGCACUGGAACAACAGGUACAUCUUCCAGGCACAAUUCGUUCCGAAAUAGAAGACGUCAUCGUUGAUCGCUUGGCAGAUCACUUGCUAAAGGAGAUCACCCAAAUAAAUGAGAUCACGCGAGAAUCUUACACCGUUGCCAAGGACUUCAUCGAUUCAGCCGUUAAAGCAUCAUCUAGAAGAACUCGAUGGCCCAAUGAACAGACAAUCCAUUAUUUGGAAAGUGAAGUGGCUAAAGCCAAGCAAAAAAUAUCAGUUUUACAACCAUACACCGGAUUAAUAACAUCAGUUGAUUCUAGUGGAAGAAUGUCGCCUCUUAAUCUCGAGCAAAUCAUUGCCGAUGUCGUCAGUGAAUUAAUGAAGGAUGAAGCUUUUGUUCACAUCGUCGAUUGGCUUUCCACGCUACCUAGCGUCAUCCACGGAAUUGCAGAUGAAUUUUUAGCCAACAAAACUUUUCAAGAAAUUUUCGACAUGUUGGGCAGUCGCUCAGAAGCGGUGCAAGGAAUGUUGGUACAAGGUGUUGUUGUACAAGAUCUUCCGGCCGUCGAUCCCGUAACAGGAAAUACUGCCGGAAAACACUCCGGCUCGGAAUCCGUCUUGGGGCUUGUCGGUGCUGGUUUGAGGGAAGCUCAGUUCAUUUUGCAAGUUAUUGCCAAAACCUAUCGCCUGAUCGCUGAGGAGCAAGUAAAAAGGCUGGACAAGCAAAUGGUCGAUUACCGAAAACAAAUGCCUUUUAUACCCGAAGAAGUAAUGAUGUACAUUCAAACGGCUGCCACGCACAUGGUGAAGUUUAAAUCCGAGUAGGUUUUAACAUCUAAUGCCCUUCCUUCUGUUGGCGGAGUCCUUUUAAAUCCCUCCUCUCGUUGCGCAAAAUGUUUCACGUAUUCAAAAUCCAAAUAAUCUUGCAGACGUAGUAAUACAAGACAUUUGUUAUGUGGAAAA